CGGGUCAUUGCCUCACGCCUCGCCAGAUAGCACGCGUCACCCGCUCCGGCUCGGGCUGUUAUCUCCUCGUCGCUCUACCUCCUGCAGCCUUUACUCGCCUGCACCAGAUUGUCUCCACCCUCCACCUUCAAGAUGGGACGGAAAAAACAACAGAGAAACGAAUUUUACUACUUCAUGGUGGAUAAAAAGCCAGAAAUUGAGAAGAGAUUAGGGCGGAUUGUGACAAUGGCGGAACUGCCCCAACACUUGAGCUCUGAAUGGAAGACAUUGUCAGAGGCACAGAAGCAAAAAUAUAAAUUGAUGGUUGUAAAACGAAAAGAGACGGCAGAGAAACUUGAUUGUAGAGGUUUGCCGAUGACAGAACUUAGACGUCAGGAGGAGAUGAAGCGGAAAAAAAUAGAAGAGAUGGAACGGGAGAUCUUAAACACUGUUGAUAUGUAUGCCUCAGGAUCUAUCCUUCAUGAGGCAACAUUCUACAUCAUCAGCACCAGCUAUUAUGUUCUGACAGAAGAGGGUAAAUAUUCUCCAGCUGAGCUAGGUCUGGUGCAGUUCAGCUUCCGAAAUGGAAUCUUCAGGCAUUAUCAUGCAAUCUUGAAGCCGGAGAUCCCCAAGAGUUACGGUUACACGGCCAAGGUCCACUCUGAAACUACACAUAAAUUACUAGAGGAAAACAGUUGUGCUGUUGAGGACAAAGAAGCAGUCUUUGUGGGAUUGAAAGAAUUUGUUUAUAAGGAGAACAACAAAUUGCCACCUCUGUAUACAUUGGAUGAUGAAAUCGAGCAGACAACAGCAAUCUUGGAUGACAUUACAGGUGCAGGAUAUUAUAGAGUUUACUCGUUAGGUAAACUCUUCAUGAACCUGUACUCCAGAAUACAUCCUAAGUGUCCUAUUACACUGUCCAUUGCAAACAAUAUGAUGACUCACUGUGGACUUGAUUAUCAUCCAGAAGCUGCUUGUGAGUGGCAUAAAAAUUACCAGAAAGAUGCUGGAAAGUAUUGCUCGUUAUCAUGUGCACGUCGAUGGUUAUUUUUGAUGUGUGAUAAUGUGAACUUGGAGAAAGAAUUUGGAAUACAGCCACAAGAAGGUAGACAUCAGCUACGUGCUGUUCAAUCGUGCGGUGUUCCGGUGGAUGUUCAGAGGACUGUUCAUAAGGUUGUGGCCAGAAGACUCAACAACCAAAGUAAUUUUACACAAGGCAAAUUCAACACAAGAAAAUAAACUAAGUUUGUGUAAUUGUAGGCAUUUUUAAUUAAACUAAUCUGGUUUAGUUACAUUGGCAACACUAUCUUGUCCUGAAUUUUUUUUUUUAUUAGUUAUCCAACAUUUCUAAGUUCAACAAUAAAUAGAAGUUUACUGAUAAAUUUAUUUACUGCUAAUGAUGCCAAAUGUAUAAAGAAAAUGUUAAAAUUGUCUUCUUUUGAUAAAAGAAGACAAAGCAUUGAUAACACCUUCCAUUUUCAGACUUCUGUUUGAACUAAAUCUAACCCCAAGGAUGUUUAUCAGACUUGAUAAUGCGAAAUUCCAAACUGAAUUUUAAUAAGUGCAAAGUAUAUUUUUUUUUAGGUUAAAAUGUUUGAAUAUUGUACCAUUUCACUCAAUGAAUAAAUGUUUAGUUUAUGAACUUUUGUAGUUUGACACCUUUCAGAGGAACCAUAUAAUGAAAAAUAAGAAAUUAAACAAUUUUGCCUGUAAAUUAAGCAUUGUUCUGAAGUUUGGUUUUGGGAAUUAAAAAGUAAACGACAA